CGGUCACCCCGUUUCAUAACACACGACCGACCGCCUCAAUUUUAACGAAAUAAAUCAAUUAAAAUGUCGAAAGCAGCCGGUAAAUUGAAGUCCCUUAAGAAGACAGUCGAGCGGGUAACGCAUACAAGCAAACUGAAGACCAACAUACCCGCCGGCAUGGCGGCAGCGGGUCCGCCACUGGGACCCAUGCUGGGUCAGCGUGCCAUCAACAUAGCCGCAUUUUGCAAGGACUUCAACACGAAAACAGCGGAAAUGAUUGAGGGCGUGCCCCUGCCCUGCCGCAUAUCAGUGAACAGCGAUCGCAGCUACGACCUGGCCAUACACCAUCCGCCCGCGACUUUCUUUCUAAAACAGGCGGCGGGGAUACAGCGUGGCACUAUGACGCCUGGCAAGGAAGUAGCCGGCAUGAUUACCCUGAAGCAUUUAUACGAAAUUGCGGCCAUUAAGAUCCAAGAUCCCCCCAAUGCCCUCCUGUCCAUGCAGCAAAUGUGUGAGAUGCUCAUCAGCAUUGCACGAACCUGUGGCAUUAAGGUGGUACGCGAUUUGGAUCCUGCGACCUACGGCGAGUUUCUGGAGGAGCGCAAGAUCAUUGUGGAGCAGCAGCGUCGCGAGCUGCAGGAGAAGCGAGAGGCAAAGAUGCUGCGCACGGGCUAGCUCGGAGGUGUUCAAUAUGAAAACUGUUUAAUCGUUAAUAUACAUUUAUAUCUAAAGAAACUCUAAUCUA